GUAAAACUGAACGAAGAAAGUACUAGAAGAUAAGUAAAUAUGGACGAAGAAAGAGUAUUCCAAUUGGUUAUAACUUAAUGAUAACGGUAAAAAAUGGAAAGAAAAAGUAAUUUGUUAUUUCUUAAUUUAUUAAAGUAACAAACAAAAGGAAUAAUAUAUUGGAUAGGUGAAAGUAAGAAAAAAGAGAUGAAUAUUACUUUCAAUUUUAUAAUUUUGAGCGAAUAUAUCCUUAUUGAAAAAGGUGUAAAUAUACCUAAAAGUUGAGAGACACCCAUUUUUCCUGAAAAUAUUUUUUAAAAAAAUUGGGUGGGGGUGCGAGGGUGGGGCAGGAAAUCUUAAAGGACGUGACAGACUUGGUAAGUUCAGCAAAAGGUGCUUCGAAGAACUCAAUAAAUGUGCCUUUUAGUUUUCUUCUGAUAUACACUUAGGAGCUGCAUUAAUAUCCGUUAAUGUCCCUUAUACUAAGGCAGCUAUUUAUAGACCCCUCAAUUCAUGUCGAAGCAAAUAUCUACAUUAAGUAUGAGUCGGUGUGCUACAAGCAAGAUAUGUAGUGAUCUGAGCAACUCUAUUAUAUGUGAAUUACCAAUUGACGUACUUCAUAGAAUACUUGAUCUCAUCCCCAUCAAACAUGUUGUCAGAACUAGCAUCUUAUCAAAACAUUGGAGGCAGCUAUGGUCUACACAACCUAAUCUUGUGUUUGAUCCCCUUUUUUUUCAGUAUGUAUCUAAUAUUCGGGACUCUGCUCCGAGCAUAAUCCAUAAAAUUAUAAUGAAACAUAUUGGACCUAUUCUGGGAUUUCAUCUUAUCUCCAAGACAGACAGCUUUGCACAGUCAGAUGUUGAUCAAUUCAUCAUCUUUGUCUCGAAUCAUGGUAUCCAGAAGCUCACUCUAGAUAUGGCCAACAAUGAAAAAUAUGUGUUGCCUGAUAGCAUAUUUACUUGUGCAACGUUGACACAUUUGAAGCUAUCCAGGUGUUUCUUUAAGCUGCCUGUUGGUACCAAAUUCCCCUAUCUUGUUAGCCUUCAGUUAGAGAAUUCUACAAUUGACAGUCCUGUAGGAUCAAACAUCAUUUCUCUUGUUCUGCCAAUGCUUGAGACUUUGGAGUUGACAUGUUGUGCUGAUGUUGAUUGUGUUGAUUUGGUUUGUCCAAAGCUUGUGAGCUUGUCUAUCCUUAGUAGCUAUAGAGUUACAUUUGAGUGUUUUAAUGUGAACCCAAUCUUUACAGUCAUUAAGCACCUCUGCUUGGAUGGGUCGUCCCUAAAGAACUUAGGGUCUUAUCAUGUGCCAGAUAGGCUUGAUGUAUCACUAACCUUGCAAAGCCUGAGAAUUUGUGACUUGAAGAUUUCUGUUAAACGUAUUAUCUGUGCACUUUGCCUAUUGCGGAAUUCUCCUAACCUUAUUGAACUCGACAUAGAUGAAGUUGUGAAGGUUGAUGAGACAAUAUGUCACUCAGAGGAACUGUUUGAUUACUUGUCUAAGGCAGAAAAUCAAGUGAAUGAAGCACUGGGGAUGAUUCAAACAGUGAGGUUAAGGAAAUUCAAAGGGACAACUACUGAAAUGUACUUGAUACAAGUCAUUCUUGCUCAUUCACCAAAACUUGAGAGGAUGAUCAUUGAGCAGUGCAAGAAAAGUCAUUCCACAAAUGGUCCCAAGUUGAGGAGCAACCUAUUGCAAUUCUCCAAUUGGUAUCAAAGCAAAAGGCUAACAACACCUUGGAAGGAUCUUGAAAAUAGUUGCUCCUCCAAAUCUUGAAGAAGGCCAGUAUAUCACUUGACCACCUAGAUUCAACGGUGAGUAUUAUGGGUGGUGGAAGACAAGAAUACAUGACUUUAUCAUGGCUGAAGAUUCAAAGUUAUGGGAUGUCAUUGAGAAUGGAUCUUUUAUUCCCACAAGGGCAGUGAAGGUUGGUGAUGUUACCUCACAGGUUCCCAAUACCAAAAAGGAAUUUGAUGAUGCAAAUAGGAAAAAGAUUGAGAAAAUUAUAAGGCCAAGAAGUUGCUUGUGUAUGAUAGUGGUCCUGAUGAGUACAACGGGAUCUCAUCUUGUGAAUCUGCUAAAGAUAUCUAGAAUUUUGUUCAGAUAGCUCAUGAGGAAAUCAGUCAGGUAAAGGAGUUCAAUAUGGAUAUGCUGACAAAUCAAUAUGAAACUUUCUCCAUGAAAGACGGAGAGUCCAUUCAAGAGAUGCACACCAGGUUAACAACUAUAACAAAUGAGUUUCAUUAUUUGGGAGAGGACAUUAGAACCACCACACAGGUCCAAAAAGUUUUGAUUAUCCUUCCUAACGGUGGAAAGCAAGGUUAAUGUCAUCACUGAAGUUAGGAAUCUGAAGACAAUGAUAAUGGAUGGGCUCAUUGGGAAUCUCAAAACUUAUGAGAUAUUGAAGAUGCUGGGGAAGGCAAAGGAUGAGCCCAAGGUGGAAAAAAAUCUGGUUCUAGAGCUACCAAAGAAACCUCAAAUGCUGAAGAUGAGGAAACAACCUAUAUUGCCAAACGAGUUCUCAAAGCUAUGAGAGAGUCAGGGGAUCUACCUAUAAGUCAAGAAUCAAGCAAGAACUUCAAGAAAGCAAAGACAAGUGACACCUACCAAAAAUGUGGCAAGCUGGGUCACUAAAUUAAGGAUUGCCCAAUGCACAAGGUAAAGUACAAGGAAUAUGUCAAGCAAGUUGUUGAUAAAUAGAAGGGAAAGGACCGGGUCCCUGUUAAAUAUGGUAGGAAAGUUGAAGCUGACAAGGUCGCUAAUCAAGAAUUAACAGCCUGGGGUGAUUCCUCAAGUGAUUCUGAUAAACCAGAGCAAGGAGAAGAUGUCUCCACGAUGGUAAUUGAAGAUGAGGUAUAAGUGUUUGGCUCACUUUUUGCUUUGAUGAUAGAUACUUAUGAUGAUGAAUAUGAACCAGUAGCUCUUCUGGACAUCAAAGAAAAUCUGAAGGAUUAUCCUUCAGUAAGCUGAGAUCUCUUGCAUCUGUGCUGACUGAUUCUGUAAAUAAGCUUACUAAAGAAAAAAAAAACCUAAAGGAAGUUGUGGAGAAAUGUGAGGAAGAAGUGAUUGAGUUAAGUGUCCAAGGGUCUGAACUCAUCAAUGAAAGAUCAUAGUUGAAGGAAGAUUUUGAAAGGUAUGAGGAAGAAAUGGUUGAACUAAGUGUGCAAGUGGUUAGACUUCAAGCAACCUGCAAGACCCAUUUUUGUGAAAAUGAUUCUUUGAAUAAGAAGCUUAGUUAAAUGUCUAAGCAUGAUUCAAAAGAAAAGGUUGAAGGAAGCAGGAUACAAUUUGAGUUAGAAAAAGAGUUGGGUGAGGCUAAGGCUAAUGUGACUACUUCACUUGAAACAAACCCAGAGUUCAGAGGGAACUGGUUCGGGUGAUGACUGAGCUUGAGAAGGUUCUCAAGUAGACUACAUUAUCAAAACUUCUGACUACCUUCAUCAGCCAUGGAUCCAGUAGCAGGAGAGGCUUAGGAUACCACAGUCAAGGUGAUAUCUCCAACUCUUCCGUCAGACAUACAAGGAACAAGGAUAAUCUUCUAUGCACCCAUUGUGGAAAAGAUGGUCAUAUAAGAGAAAUGUGUCCAUCCAAAUCAAAAGCUCAGAGAGGCAUGAGAAACCUCACUGUUUCAAGAAGAAAGAAAGAAAGAUUACCUAGUUGGGUAAAGAAGAUGUUGAUCUUUCCUUUGUCACCAUAUUGAAAGCUCAGACUGAAAUGGGUUCCCAAGACUAACAACUGAUUUAUGAUGCAGGACAAAGCAAGAGGAAGUAUCCAAUACAGGGAUGUUGAUAGUGGUUGUUCAAAACUUAUGACUGAAGGCUUAAAGAUCACCUCUUGCUGAAGGCCCUUGAAGGAGACAAGGUUUCCUUAGUGAUGAAUUUGAAAGAAAAUAGAGUGUGUUGAUGUUGGUGGUAUUAUGUACCUGGUUGACCAAAGUGAUGUUCUUAUAGUCCUAGAUGCCAUAUCCUUGGUAGAUCUUUUAAAUAAAGUUGCUAGGGAACAGGUUGAGUGAAAUAAGAAGGGGCAGAGUUGAUGAGAUCUAGUUGAAUGCAGGCGACUCUCAUGAUCCUCCAUACAUAGCUAUGAUGUGGUAAGCAGGUAUCCUGGUUAGAUGUUGUCUUACAUGUCUAAUUCAGUCUUAUAUCUUAUGCAAUAUACACCCAUGACAAGAAGGAGAAGAUAUAAAAAAGAGAGGUGGGACAACACAAAAUAUUUGAGUUCAACGAUCAUGUAGGGACCAGGUCCCUAAUCAGGUUAGUAUAAUUUUAUUUCUUAACAGUGACCGUUUUAAAUAUUUAAUAAUAUAUGCCACUUCACUCUCCAACCUCUUCUAAAAGCUGUCACAUAUACUUUAAGUCCAAGAGAGGCGUCCACCUCACCGAACAUGCCUCAUCAAACACACCCCCUCACUAAAUCUAAAUUGUUCCUUUAUGACCUAUUUCAGAUCAAAAUUAGAUUUUUUUAUCAUUUUGAAAAAUCUUCUCUCAUACACCCACAUCAAUUCCCAAACCACUUCUACAGACUUCAUCUUUCUUCAUCCAUCUCAGUUCACCAAAGCUAUAUAAUGUCAAACCCUCUUUCAUUGUCACAAAAAGACGAGCUCAUUCCAUUAAAAGUGAUUGACACUCUCUUCAUUCCUUCUGAUCCAGAAAAGUCCUUUACUAUCAUAAAGUUUACUCCUCUUUUGCUACGUAGGAUUGCUAGGGAUUACAACUCUCAAGAAAAAAUAAAACCCCCUGAUGAUCUACUCUCUCAAAAAGGGUGAUUCUACUGAUGCGAGCUUGGAACCCAAAAUUAAUUCUUUCUCUAAAAAGGAAUAAGACCGUAAAAGUGACUCAUCUAAAACCAAAUUUCUGAAUGUGAUAUUCAAAACAACCCCUCCAAAGACCGAACUCCCGAUCAAACAGUUCCUUCGUAUCAGGAUUUGGACUCUUACUCCAAAAUCCCUCCGUUUAACAAAUCUGAGUCUCUUAGUAAAUCUAGUAGUGCCUCAAUAGAUGAAAACUUAUUUGAUGACUUACCAACCUCCAAGAAAAAUCCUUCCAAUAUCCAGGCUAUGAGUGAGAAAAUAGGGGUGCAAGGUUUGACUGCCUUAAGUGUUGAACCCCUUAUAUGGGAAACAACUCUAGCAACACUAUUUACCAGGAGGCAAAAUGAACCUCCCUAGAAUAUUGAUAAUGAGAAUAUGGUGCUUCCUCAUGUUGUUGAUCUAUUAGGUGGUAAUAAGAAUGCAAAAGGUGACUCAGAUAGUGAUGAUGAAAAGUCUUUGUCCUGGAAGUUAUCCAACAAGGGCUUCUCUUCGUCAACCAAAGAUUCUUCAAGAACCAUCAAACUACCAAGGACCAAGUUGAAUCCCACCAACCUGAUGAGAAAAUCCUUGUAAAAGAGCAAGAAAAACACCAUGAAGAGAAUAAUGCCAAAGAAAAAGGGGAUACAUGUGAUUAAGCCUAUUGCCGAAAAGGUUGUGCAAGUUGAAGAUUCAGAUGAGGAUACUGAGAAUCUGUUUAAUGACAGUGGGGAUAAAAGUGAUGACAGUGACUUUAAUAGCAUGUUUGAAAGCCUAAAGUGACUAUGAUGAUGAGUCACUUGAUUAAGAUAUUGAAAGAAGUAUUGCUGCCAACAAAGCCAAAGUGGGAGGAAAAGAAGUUGCCUCUACAAAUAAAGAGAAGGGGUUAUUAGUGAAGAAACCAAUGUCAAAAGUCACUAGUAAAAGGAAAAAUCCAAAGAAGGAUAGUGUUAAGGGACUAGGUCUCAAUCUAAAUCAACCAGAACGUCAGGAAUCCCUGGGAAUUCUGGUAAGGGAACUAGUUCUUCAAAGAAGGCUACUACAUCAAUUGGAAAAGAGAAAGGUUUGACUAGGGAAGCAACAGAAGAAAUCCUUAAGAAUCAAGAGGUCUUAAGAGGGAGAGUGUUUGAACCCACAAUGGCUGAGUUUCUUGGAAUAAAAGAACUGAUUGACUGGGUAAAGUUUCAAAACUGGGAGCAUCUAUUUGAGGGACCUGUUCCUCAUCUACAUAAAUAGUAAGUGAGGAUGCUUUAUCACAACCUGAUGAUUUUUUAUGAUGGAAUGUACCUGACUUCUCAAGUAAAUAGAGUGAACAUUGCUAUGGAUGAGAAUAUACUGUUUGAGAUCCUAGGAGCACCAACAUAAGGAAUCAUGACCCUAAAAUGAUAAAAGGGGUCUGAAAAAUUCCUGACAGUUUGUAGGAUGCUGGAUGACAUGAAUAUAAAAAAUGUCAACAAAAAGACCCUUAAAAGUGAAUAUCAACUGCUUUUUAAGUUGGUGAGCAAGGUUCUCUUUCCCAGAUUUGAGAAGAGGACUACUGUGAGUGGACCUGAUUUGUUCUUCAUGAAAGUCCUGUUAAAAUAUGAAAAGGUCAAUCUUCCAACAAUUAUGAUUGAACACAUUAACACUGUCAUAACUGUAAAAGAUGGGAAUCAUGGGUUAGCUUAUAGAUUCUGGUUAAAUAGGGUCUUUCCUUACUUUAAUGUUGAAUGUGGAAAGAAAAAGGUUGAUUCUGUCAAGCAGAUGUUCAACAUUACCACUCUAGAGGACAAUGAAUAUAUCCCUAGAAUAAGUGGUGGAAAGUCAAAGUCCAUUGUGUCUGAGUUGGUGGAUAUGCAGAAGAGUCUGAGGAAUGAGUUAGAUGCUAUGACAGCUCUGGUGGAUGUGAACUGAGAUUGCUUCAUUGAAGGCAACAUCUGUCAAAGAAGGAGAAGAGGGACCUAGUUCAAGUGGAAAGUUGAAUGAAGAAAAUGUUUCCCUUAAGGAAAGGGUGAAGAAGUUGGAAGCUAGAGUUCAAGUCUUGACUGACAAAAAUGAAGACUUAAUACAGUAGAUUAUCAAGGCUCCUGCCGCUGAAAGUGAAAGGAUGACCAUACUCCUCACGCAGCUUUCUCAUGUUUCUGGUCCUUCUUCCUGAAUCCUUCCCAACCUGGUCCUUGCUCUUUUCCCCUCCUAGCCCUCACUUCUUAAGCCCUAUUAAAAUUUGCCUUCCUAAGUUUUUGUUGUUGUUUCUGGAUUGUACAUGGCAUAAUUAUUAUUAUAUUUUUAUGGUCACUAUUGUUGAAUAUUGUUUGAUACUGACUUGUUUGAUCAAUGAAUGAAAUAUUUUUAUGCUA